AUUUUCCUUCGAUGAAUCAAGCUAACUCUGCAUAUUCAAUUCUGUUUUUCGAAGGAAUAACUUGAUAACAUACUUGAAAAGAUACUUAAUAACUUAAAAUAUACCGUACUUAAUGACAUAAAGAAUUUUAAGCAAAGAAAAAGUGGAAAGUAUGUGGCUGAUUUCGGAACGCGUUUCAUUUGUUGUGUAAAAUUAAAUCAAGAAUGGCCGGGAAGAUGGCGGCGGCAGAGUUAAAACAUGAUAAUGUUUCGUGCUAUGAAACUGUGAAAAAAAAUGUAUCGAUAAUAACAUUACACAGGGAAAUAGAAUGUUAUCAAUUUAGAUUGUUAGACUUAUUUUACUACUUAACUUCUGUCAGUUUUUUUUUCAUCGAUAUAGCAACAGAUAGUAUUGCAUUUAUGGAAUACUUUUUACAAGGGGAGUUUGUUUGGGGAUGCUUUGCUUUGAGCUUUACAAUUUUACCUGCAGGUGUUAUUCAAAUAUUUAGUCUGAGAUGGUAUCACAGCGAUGGUUCCAUUAAGAACAUACAUUGGUUAUUACAUUUUUUAUUCUUGGGAGUAUUACACAGGUAUUUAAUUUUACUUUACUCCACAAUAUAUUCAUUAAGGAACAAACGAUUUGUGAAGGAUAAAAAUUGGGUAUAUAGACAGGAAAGUGAUAUAUGUAUGUUGCAUUUAUUUGAGUCAUUUAUGGGGGCUGCUCCACAAUUAAUAUUGCAACUGUAUAUCAUGGCAGUAUUACGUUAUACACCAUUAUGGACAAGUUUAUCCGCUGUAGUCUCCUUUUGUUCAUUGAGCUGGGCUAUAAGUACAUAUACAAAAGCUAUGCACAAAAUAAAUCCUGAUCAUAAUGAAGCAACAUGGAUAGUACUGACUCUUCAAGGUCUUUGGCGAGCUGGAAUGCUGAUAUCCCGAAUAGCUGUUUUGGUUUUAACAGUAAUUUGUUUAAAAGAGUGGUCUUUAUUGUUUCUUGGUAAGUAUGAGAGCGAACUAUUAAGAUUGCUCAAAAUAAACUCAUGUCUUUCACAUAGUUCGUGUUCCACUCUGAAUGUUACAGGAUUCCACUGGCUUUUUAUGACCAUUUGGGUACUUCUCCAAAACACAGACUUUUGCCCAACUGUAUGGGAAGAGCGUAUUUAUAAUUGUAUUAUAGGAUUUAUUUAUUGCUUCGAUUUUUUUAAUUUACGCGUAGGCAAAUCUCGGUAUAGAGUAUUCGUAUUUUACUCUGUCAUUGUAAUAGAAAACAUAAUCUUUUUAAUCGUGUUUGUAUUAUGUUUUAAAGAUGCGAUAAAAGCUGAAGAAAUAGCGAUAAUGACAGGUUUAAUAAUUGGAGGAAUGAUUAUCGGCUUGACGAGCAUGUUGUUUUACUAUGGAAAAUUUCACCCAUCAAAAAUCGGAGGUAUAUCUAAAGCUACCGAUGAAAGCUCUAAUACCGUAACCAACAAAGCUGUCACCCCUAGAUCUUUCAAACAGUAUUAUCCCAAUUCAUUCGCGUCGUCCUCCUGUUCUAUUGAUCAUUCUCCAAGGGCUACUUCCGAGGAAAUCACCACGGAUAAACAGUAUUUAUUAACUAAUAUCGUACAAAAUUCGGAAUGUACAGAAAAUGGUAUUAUUAAUCAAAUCUGUCAAAUUGAAAGCGAACCAGUAACAACUGCUAUUUGCCUUAUUUCGGAGUGCGAGUCGGCGCACAACAUUUCGAAAGACGAAAAUAUGUCGUCGAGCGGCUUACAAAAAAAUACAUUUUCCGUAACUGGUGACAAUACCUGCGAAUAUCUUGAAAUUCAAAACGAUUGUAACGAUUCCAAUGAGAAAGAUAUUCAUCGCCAGAAACGCAGAGGUAUUUGUUUGCCAACGACCCAUGGAUUAGAUAUAGACAAAGAUGUUUCAUCAAAAGAUCCAAAUUCUUGUCUUCCAUUGCAAAAAAGGCGAGGUAUCUGUUUCUCAAAUCAGCUUAUCCUUGAAAUGGAGAACGAUGUCCAGGAAAAGGUUGUGACCAAUAGAAAUUUGGUACCGGACGUAAGUACGAAACGCGACAAAUUAGAAGAAUGUUCUCGUGGUAAUAUUUGCGAGGAUAUUAACAGUAUUACAUUGUUAAGAGAGAGAUUGGAAACUCCAACGAUUUUUAACGAUACUUGUGAGAAAAUUGCAACAGAGGAAACAGAAAAAUUGACGAAGGAGUUGCAGCAGAGGGAUGAAACGAUGAGUUGUGUUACCUCGAUCCACGACUAUGAGAAUGUUUGUCCUCUUGGUGUGGCUAGACCACCGUGGUGCAUUCGUAGUUGGAAAGGAUAUACGGAUAUAGAAACUUACAUCCAUGACGAUAGCGUUGUCAGAGACAGAAGAAGAGAUACUUUAACAAGUACAACUACUGGCACUACUUACAGUUCUGAGUUUUCCGACACGACUUGCGCGAGUUCGGUAUUAAGAGGAAUUCUGAAGCAAGACGAUUAUCUCGACACGCUUACAUAUGAUUUGAUAGAUUCUCGAGAGUUAAAAACGACAUACAAUGAGGAUAUGUCUACGAAAAGAAUUUCUGACAUUGACGAACAAAACCCCACUUUGUAUAUCGCGAAGCCGGUGGUAAUAGAUGAUAAAGGUGGAAUGUUCGCAUUGGAUACCAUCCUGGAGGAACAUGAUGAAAUUACCACGAAAGAAAAAUUUGAAUAUACCCAACCCGGUCCUGAUUCGGUUAGUACGUUAGUUAGUACGAUAGAUCAAAUCAGGAAAUAUACUGCGGAAAAUUCUCCUAGGCAUGUCUAUCAUACCACGGGUAGUCAAUGGGAAGACUUUGAUCCGAAAAAUUUGAUAAAGAAGGCGCAGCUGACGAAAGCGUUGUUUAAAAAUGACUCCGCUACGUGUAACAGAAAUUAUAUUAAUUGCUUGGAUGAAUCAGAAUCGAUUGUUCGAGGUAAACGCGAAAUAGAUACUAUCAAAGAUUUAGUUAAAUACUGUACGAUAGAAUCGAUUAAGAAGACGCCUUUGAUAGAUGCUAUACUUUCCGAUUCACCUAUUUUAGGAAAUAAAGCGAAGCUGCAAAAACAAGCUUCUAUCGCACGUCAAAAGGAUGAAUCUGAUUCAAAAGAGAACGAUUUAUACGUUGAAAUGAGUCCAUUGGUACCUGUUGAAAAUGUUAAGGUUGUACAUAAUAAUUUAUCCGAGACAGUAUCUUCUAAUAUCAUGAAUAUGAAUUCUACGGAUGUUACGCGGGCAGCCACUAUGCCAAAUAUUUGCAUGCAAUCGGCAAAGUCGAAUUCCAAUAAUAAUGAAGAAAAAUUAGAACCAUCUGACGAUAAACGUAAAAAACCGAUUAAUUAUCCGAAAAGAAAAUUUUCUUUGUUAAAAGAAAAAUUUGAAUCCAAGUCGCAAUUAGUUUACGUUGUUACACCGAAUAAUGCUAUUAAAAUUGGACAAUCCGCUGCCUCUUCGGAAUUAGAUGCAUCGAAAAAAAAUGUCUCGGUAAUUUUAAAAAAGUCAUCCGAUUGUACAAGGUACGACAAAGAAAAUUUAGCUCCUAUCGCAUCGUUUAAAGUAAGUCACGAAAAGAACACUUCGAACGAUAGGUGUCAUUCAAAUCGAGAUAAUAUCGACCUUAUUUACGAAAACGAUAAGUCUUUGUGCGGUAGCGAUUUAAAUUUGAAAGAAAGAAGACAUAUAUUUUUGGAGCAAGUUUUAUCGCCGCCGAAAUUAUUAACAUGGAAUAAAAGAAAGUCUUUCAGUGGAUCUACUGUGAAAAAACCUGCAUAAGAUUAGUUACAUAGAAUAAAUAAUAUUUUUAA